UUGAUGAUUCAACAUACAGUAUUCCACAUUCUCCUUUGCGCGACAAGAUAAACACAACCGACUACUAGUUCUCCUAGCUACCAGCUACCCCCACUACUACGACCCGUCUACGACAUACGACGAUAACAGAACGGUCACAAACGUUUCUCAACCCCCCACCACGAACAUCUCGUAUUUGAUGACGAUGGACGUGGACAUCCCCGCUCCUCCGGUGCCGUUCAACGGAUUCCCUGCUCUCGACAACCAAAACCACAACCACAACGCCGACCCUUCUUCCUCCUGUUCCGCGGAGAAACCUCACGUCCCCUUUCCCCCCUACCGACUCAAAUCCAGCCCAGACGCCGAUCUAGAACUUCCGAAGCCAAAGACCGAAUGGACGUACGAUAUGAGACAUGGCAUGCAGAACGUAGCGCCGUACUUGUGGCUCGGGUCGUCCAGCGCCGCUAGGGAGAUCUCGGAGCUCAAGUUGAAGAGAGUUUCGCACAUCUUGAUUUUGAGGGAUCCGAGGGAAGCUUCCUACGUCAGACCGAUGCACCCGACUCAGUUCUGCUAUCAUAUCAUCGAGAUGCACGAUGAUCAGAAUCAACGGAUCAUCGCUCACUUCAACCCUGCCAUCGAGUUCAUCCAACAGGCCAUCCAGAAAAAUGGUACCGUCCUGGUUUACUGUCACACCGGUAUCACCCUUUCCCCUACCAUCGUCAUCGCCUACAUCAUGGCCGCGUACAGGAAGACGACCGAAGAAGCAAUCGCGCACGUCCAGGCGCAUCGGUACUGUCUCUCUGUCAAGCCCAAUUUUGGGAAACAACUCAGGGAGUGGCAAGCCAUCUACCAAGCCAAGCUUGCCGUUUCCGCCUCCGAGUCCAGCGCGCAACAGGGACCGAAACGAAGGGUUGACGAUAUGGAGCAAGACGAAGAGACCGUGACGAACGAAGGCAGGACGAUCAGGAAGAUGCCGGCCAACAGCACUUGGAUCAAGGAUGGCAAGGAGAUGGGCGACUACCGGCCUUAUGGGUAGAUGUUGGCUUAGGCACUUGCUGCGGGGCUGCCCUCGAUCAGACCAGGCAGUACCAGAUGGGGCUGAGCUGGAAGGUGACGAAGAUGACCGGUUUCUCGGAGAGAGCUGGGACAGUGCAUUUGCUGCUGACAGCUUCUUGAAACGACGACAAAAGAUGGUGACGGUUACGACGAAUUGACGACUGGGUUUUUAUGUGUUUAAUUGUGUUGUGUUCGGGGUUUCAUUUCCCUUACGUAUUGAUAGCUCGACGAAAAGAUCGUAUCGAGAGUCUGUAUCGCCAAUCAAAUGUACAGCAUAUAUAGCACUGAGUGGACGGCAUUGAUAAACCACUAUACAUCAUGGAGAGUUGGA